GUAGGAAAGGAAACUAAGCCUGGUUGUUUUUAAUCAUUUUCGAGGGCUGUUAUCGUUGCACACACUGUUCCGUACACAUACACUGAACACAAUAUAAUGAAGGUUUAUGACCAGGUGAUAUUCACAGAACAGCUCUUGCACCACAGAUCUGUGGGCAACCAAAUCAAGGAGACACGGCGCCAUUGGGAGGAGCGGUGCUCUUGGUUUCCGGCUGCCCAAAGGUAUUUGGAAGCAAGGUGUUCCGAAAUUUACAAGGAGAGCCUUGACAAGUACGGCAACGAUCACUUCGAGUUCUAUGCAAAUAGAAAUCGCUUGAGGGAGGAACACAUAGGUAAUACCAAAUCAUAUAGACGUCGGGAAAGGAGAAGGUCUCAUAGACCCAUGGACCAUUUAAAGGAUUAUAGGGUGUCAGCAACUUCAAACGGGGAGUACGGAAGUGUUCGGCCAAUGCAACUCCUUCAAUGGCUUUAGCAAUCUAAACGCAUAAAAUUGUAACAUUUACAAAAUACUAUGAUAGAACACUAGCAUAAAUAAACAUAUACCGAACCAUAUGGCGGUAAGGUGUAUUCCCUUAAAUAUAAAAGAAAA